AAAUAUACAUCACUAUUGUUGAGAAAAAAAUUAAGUGAACUGCACAUAAAAAAAGCGCGUCAUCUAAUAGUUUUUCGUUUGUUUUUUCUAACAAAAUAAAAGACAAUGGCCGAUUCCGAUGAUGAGUACGAUCGCAAGCGUCGCGAUAAAUUCCGCGGUGAACGCAGCUCGGGUGAUAGUUAUCGCUCGGAACGCCGUGAUGAUAGGCGUGGUGGUGGCAGCGGCGGCGGCCGUGAUGAUUGGCCGGAAAGAGGCAAUCCCUUUAGAGGUGGAGCAGCUAGUAGGGCCCGUUCAGACUAUAGAGAUUUCCGUGGUCCCCGCGAUCGUUAUGGUUCACCGGGCCGUGAAAUGCCGCUAGCCAAGCGUAUGCGCCAAGACUGGGGCGAUGAUUUAAGAGGCAAUCCCAGAUUUGGACCCUACGAUCCCUAUCUUAUGCAUGCCUGGAAUGAACAUUAUGCCGCCCAUGGUUUACAUGGUGCUUAUGGUGCCGCCCUAUCGCAUGGUGCUCAUUCUCGUGAGCCGGCUGCCAAUACCGAUCUACAAACUCAACCCGCCAUGAUGACUUUGAAACAAUUCUUGGACACCCAAGAUGAUGGCAUUUCGGAUACUGAAGUUUUACGCAAAUACAAUGAAUAUAAAUUGGAAUUCAAGCGUCAACAAUUAAAUGAAUUCUUUGUGGCCCACAAGGAUGAGGAAUGGUUCAAAAACAAAUAUCAUCCUAUGGACAGUGUUAAGCGCAAGGAGGAACAGUUGAAUUUUCUUAAGAGACGCGUUGAAGUCUUCGAUGAUCUCCUAAAGAGUGGCAUGAUUAAAAAUGUCUCGGUCGAUACCACACAAACCGAACCUCUUCUGCGUGUUUUAGACACUGUGGUCAUUAAAUUGGAGGGUGGCACCGAUGAUGACCUCAAGAUCCUCGACGAAAAGCCCAAAGAAGCCUCGUAUCCAGAACGUGUGUUCGACAAGAAAAACGAUCAUGACGAUGAUGUCAUUAUCACAUCGGUUGAAAAGAAACGUGAUGACGAGCCAAAAUGUGUUUCGCCCAGGCCUAUUAAUCGUCAUAAGAAAGGCUCAGACGAUGAGGAGAAUUGGGAUGACGAUGAUAAUGAUCAUGAGGAAAGUGCUAAGACAAAAGCCAAAGAAAAAUCCGAAGAGAAAAAGAAAAAAUCUCUGAAACGUAAAAGAACCAGUUCAGAUUCAUCGUCUUCCUCAUCAUCUGAUUCAGAUUCAAGCAGUUCAUCGUCGAGCAGUGAAGAUGAAGAUGAUGAAAAGGUCAAAAAUAAAUAUGACUUGGAGACAUUGAAAAAGGAUGAGGAUGAAGAAAUGGUAGAGAAGAAAGAAGAAAAGCCAGAAGAAGAAGAAGCUGUGGUUGUAGCUGACACUGAAAAAGUAGAGGAAAAACCCGAGGAAAAGCUUGAAAAAGUAGAAGAGGAAGAGAAGGAAUUACCCGAAACCGAAACCAAGGAAACAGAGGUGAUUAAAGAGAAUGGCGAGGAGACCACAGAAAGCAAGGAAACAAAUAAAGAAGAGGAAAAAACCGAAAAACUAUCAGGUGAUGAAACACCGGAAGAGACAAAAACAGACACUUCAUUAGAGGAAGACAAAGAGGAAAGCAAAGAAGAGGAAGCUCAAGAUAAAGAAGUAGAAGGAGAGGCUAAAAUAGAAGAGGACAAACCCAAGGAUGAAGAGCAACCAGAAACUAUUGAUUUGGACAAAGUGAAAGAUGGUCCCCAACCCCGUGCAUUACAUCGCACCUCCUCCAUAUUCUUGCGUAAUUUGGCACCUUCCAUAACCAAGUCCGAAAUCGAGACAGUGUGUCAAAAGUUCGAUGGUUAUUUGAGGGUGGCCAUAGCCGAUCCUUUGGUGGAACGUCGCUGGUAUCGUCGCGGCUGGGUGACAUUCAAGCGUGAUGUCAACAUCAAAGAAAUCUGCUGGAAUUUAAAUAAUACACGUUUGCGUGAUUGUGAAAUGGGAGCCAUUGUUAAUCGGGAUCUGAGUCGUAGGGUGAGACCUGUUAAUGGCAUGACAGCGCACAAGACCAUAGUCAGGGCGGACAUUAAAUUGUGUGCCAAAAUUGCCAUGAAUUUGGAUGAGAAGUUUAAACUAUGGCAAGCCAGUAAGGAGGAGAAUAAGGAAGAAAAUGGCUCCACAGCCCUAGAAGCCAGUAGCGAUCUUAACAAUUCUUCCUCAUCGUAUGGCUUCAAAACCAACAAUCCCGUUUUACAGAACAUAACCGAUUUCCUAAUUGAAGAAGCAUCUGCCGAAGAGGAAGAGCUUUUGGGUAUUAGUGGUGACAACAAAGACUCUGAGGGUGAGGCCAUCGAAAGAGAUCCCCAAUUAUUAACGGUCUUAGACAAUCUUAUCUUAUAUCUACGCAUUGUACACUCUGUGGACUUUUACAAUCACUGCGAGUAUCCCUACGAAGAUGAGAUGCCCAAUCGUUGUGGCAUCAUACAUGCCCGUGGUCCUCCACCAGCCAAAGUUUCACAAAAUGACAUGCAAGACUAUAUUAAAAAUUUCGAAAAUAAAAUGCAAACUUUCCUGGCCAAGAGCACCACCAUCGCAGAGGAUGAUUUGAAAAAUCUCGGCAGCAAAGAUACCGAAGCAGAGGUGGAGAAAUUCGUACAGGCCAAUACCCAAGAAUUGGCUAAAGACAAAUGGUUGUGCCCGUUGUCGGGUAAGAAAUUCAAAGGUCCCGAAUUUAUACGCAAACACAUUUUCAAUAAGCACGGCGAAAAGGUCGAUGAGGUGCGCAAAGAAGUUGAAUUCUUUAAUAACUACCUUAAGGAUCCGAAGAGGCCACAGCUACCAGAGCAUCCUGGUAACAAUAAGCGUACAACAUCCGAGUCAAGUGGAGGUUACAGAGCACCUGUAUAUCCACCCGCGUAUGCACCACCCUAUGCAGCUUAUGCACCACCUCUUAUGAUACCAGGACGUGGUGGUCGGGGUUUUGGUGGACCAGGACGCAGAGAAUUGCCCAUAGAACAUCAACGUCGUAUUAUCGGUUAUCAUGAUUUGGAUGCUCCAGCCAAUUUUGAUAUCUUUGACUAAAAAUUUAAAUAGAAGAAGUUAAUGGGGUGGUGUAUGGCUACUACUAUGUAGAAAAUUAAACUAUAUCAAUAGAUGUUUGUUAAAAAUCUAUGAAAUUCGGCCAGUUUUAUUUUUGAAAUACAAAAUUUUUAUCGAAUUGACCACCGGCCAUGUGUGUGUUCUGCUAUUAGAUUUUCUGUAAAUUUGUUUAUAAUACAAUGCAUACAUGUUUCAUAUUUAAUUUUUCUUGUAAUGUGUGUUGUUAGCCAAUAUUAAUUGUUUUUGUUUGAUUUUAAUUAGAGACAACAUUUUUAUUUCCAAAUAUUUUUUUUUAUAUCUUACAUAUUAUUAAUAAUAAUAGUAAUUUUAAUAUUAAUAACACUAGCGUAGUAAUGAUACUUAUUAAUACCUUAUUAAUAUUAUUACUUCUUUAAAAUAAUAAAUAAAACCAAAAAAACCUACAUGCAAAUGUAGUGAAAAAGGAAAAAAUCAAAGAAAACAA